ACACACGGAAACCUGUGUCUCACUUGAUCUACACAUCUAUCUUUACUCACUUGUCUCUGUCUGUCUUGUAGCCCCCCUUUCAUCGUUUGUUUGCUUACUUUGCAUACUUUGCUUGCAUCCCCCCGUCCCCCCCAGCUUUGCGGCAAAUUCGCCCGGUUUCAUAGCUUUCAUCGUUGAUAUCGUUUCCAUAGCACAUCUUAGAGAGCCCUGGAUCGGCUCAGUUGAGAAGCUCUGUGGAGUGCGAAGCAUAGAUCUAGCUGACGAGUGCGGGCUAGGGCACUCCCCGUUCCAUCGUUUUUUUGCGAUAGUUUGAACGUGGGGGGAGCGUGUGUGUGAGGAUAGGAGGUUGUGCUGCUUGGCGGUUUGUGUGUUAUGGGUGGUUUGUUAGGGGAGGGAUUGGGAGGAGAGUGUUGUGGUAAUCGAGGACGAAGUGGGUGGAAGGGUUUGUGAGGCAUUGGGUUUGCGAGUACUUGAAUGUGAUCGAAUUUGCCAAUUCAGUGAGCGUUUCACGUUAGUUGACGAAAGUGGGCGAGCUUGGUUCGCGUGGUACAAUCCGACUUGUGUGCCGUGUUGACGUUCUUAGAGGAAUUGCACGACGUCUGGGUGAUCAGAUUUCAGUUCUCUAUCAAAGGCUGAGUUUCGGGUUCAUAUAUAUCAAAUCCCCCUCCCCUCUUGUUUUCGAGUUGGAGAUCGAGGAAGAGAGGGUUCCGGGCUUUGAGAAGAGUUGGCGAGCCAAUGCACGAAUGCACAAAAUAUUCAAUCUACCAAUGCAGUGAUCGACGAAUGGUUCAUAAUUUACCAAUGCAGCGUGCGCAACGCCUAUACGAAGGGAGAGUUCGUGGAUUCUUGCUGCCAGGAAAGAAGAGGUGUGAGACUCGGGUUGCGUGUGAGGGGUGAGGAAAGUGAGGUGAUAGAUCGAGAGUGAGGUAAAUCUGAAGAGGAGAUUAUCUUUGAACCCGCGAUUGUGUGGCGCGAAUAUUUUUGGAUUCUGGUAAGAGAUCCAGCGAUGUUUCUCGAAACAGGGUACAAGCGGGUGGGUGCACUGCGCACUACCUGGGGAGGACCUUUCCCUGCCAUGGAGAACCGAAGUCCCAGGGUUGCAGAUGAUGGAGACCACCAGCGGGCUGCAGUGGAAUUUGUAAUGGAGCUCGCGGGUCAGCACACGGUUCCUGUGUCUGAAAAAAUUGUGGGUUGUCAUUCUCUCCUCCAUGGCGACGAGAUACCCGUGCCCAUGUUUAAUGUUGACUUCGACAUGCGCUGCCUUCUCUGGAACAAACGUGCGGCAGAUCUGACCGGGUGGACAGAGUCGGAAAUUUUUGCCAUGCCAAGGUUUCUCGACGUGUUAUUUGGUGUCCCCUCUUCCAGACGAAGAAACUUGGGGGAGUGUAUUCUUAAAGGUGCACUUGAUGACCAAAGAAAUUCUCAGGAAGUUUGGGAUCUUAAGACGAAAUGGGGACACGACAUCAAAGUACUCGUAUCUGCGAGCCCUCCAGGUGUUGGCAAGCGUGCGGUUUCUGGAACGAUCUGUGUUAUUAUGCCUAUUGGCGCACCUGAGACCAAAGAAUCUGGCUUUGAGGUGAAUUGCAACGUCAAGGCCGUAGACGAAGUCAGCCACCUCGAUCUCGAAGAUGAUGAGCUUAGUAACGACGGUGGCAGCCCGCGAGACAGCGAGGACCAGUUCCUGGCAGCAUUGGAGCAGCCUCCUUCUCCAUACUCGGACAAGGGUGUUUGCUCUAUGGAGAUGUUUGCUGCCCAGAGGAACAUAUUUGCUGACCAAGUGCGUAUGCAGUUGGAAGGGGAGGGCACGUCUGUGUGCUCCCAAGAUUGGUGCAAGAGUGAUCAAGGUUCCCAGUCCAUGGUAGUGAACGUCGGCAGCGUUUUAGAACCAAGCAGCUUGACCCGUGCCCGGGUGAUGGUUGUGGAUCCACGACAGCGUGGUCGCAAAUCUCUUACUCUUAUGCUGGAACGUUGUGGCUUCGAAGUCUCCUGCGCGUGCAGUGGAACUGAAGCGAAGUGGCGGUUUGAGCAGAGUAUGCAAGAUCCUGAAGGCUUCUCUGUAAUCUUCGUCAGUCUCUCUCUUGCAAGAUCUGAGAAUUAUAGCCUAGUUCGUGAGAUUCGUCGCAAGGAACAGUCUGAACCGGGGAACAGUUGCUUGACUACACCUGUUCUCAUCGUGGCUGUUACUGAUGUAGACAGAUGGGACAUGUCAAGUAUGGAAUGCUUGAAGCAGAGGGAUGCAGAAGCAGGUGUGGAUGCAGUCAUAAGUUGUCCAUCCAGAGUCCAGCAGCUCAGGGACACAUUGACAACAUUGGGUGUAUCAAUUGAUCAUCUUGACUAUGCCAACAAGUCCCCACGUGCUGCCUUCGCUUCCUGGAACAAUCCACUGGUUUUGGCCAGAUGAGAUGACACCCUGUACAAUGGCGUGCCAUUGACUCUAUUAGGUUCUCAGAAUUCUUUGCAAUAUGUGCAUGUAGUACUUUAUCAUAUUUUUUUAUAUUUAGAAUUGGACAACACACGCUUACAUUUCCCUCUGGUUUCUUCCAUCUUUUAAGUGAAGCGACCGAUCCAGGCGGAGCCUACCCUUUUAUGUGGCUGGGUGACGAACCUCCUCAACCCCUCCCAUACAAAAUUUUAGAGGCAGGCUCCUUGGGCGAUAGAGUGAGAAAUCUUUUGGUUUGUGUGCGAAGUUAAAUCGUACUCGCUUCAAUGACGGGCUGUACAUCAGGUUGGAGUUCCUGAAUUGCCAGCUUUUAGGAACUCAGGAGUAAUCAUAUAUUUCUUAGGUGCGGAGGGGAGGUCAUUAUUUAGGUCCUUGUAACGGAUGACCAUCGAGUUCUACACCAUGGUCUUUCCUCUUGUGUACACACCUUGUUCCUCUGAUCAAUGACCGAUACAGACCUCCAUGUUUGGCCUCCGCUUUCCGA